AUGUGGGAACUGCGGUCAGCCUCCUUCUGGAGGGCCAUAUCUGCUGAGUUCUUUGCCACCCUCUUCUAUGUCUUCUUCGGGCUAGGGGCCUCACUGCGUUGGGCCCCUGGACCACUGCAUAUCUUGCAGGUGGCUUUAGCCUUUGGCCUGGCCCUGGCUACACUGGUGCAGGCUGUGGGCCACAUCAGUGGAGCCCAUGUCAAUCCUGCAGUCACUUUCGCCUUCCUUGUGGGCUCCCAGAUGUCCCUGCUCCGUGCCUUCUGCUACAUGGCAGCCCAACUCCUGGGAGCCGUGGCUGGGGCUGCCGUGCUGUACAGUGUUACCCCGACUGCCGUCCGAGGAAACCUAGCACUUAACACGUUGCACCCUGGGGUGAGUGUGGGCCAGGCCACCAUAGUGGAGAUCUUCCUGACGCUCCAGUUCGUGCUCUGCAUCUUUGCCACAUACGACGAGAGGCGGAAUGGCCGCCUGGGCUCCGUGGCCCUGGCCGUUGGCUUCUCCCUCACCCUGGGGCACCUCUUUGGGAUGUAUUAUACUGGUGCAGGCAUGAACCCUGCCCGCUCCUUUGCUCCUGCCAUUCUUACCAGAAACUUCACCAACCACUGGGUGUACUGGGUGGGCCCAAUCAUUGGAGCAGGCCUGGGCAGUCUCCUUUAUGACUUUCUCCUCUUCCCCCGGCUCAAGAGUGUUUCUGAGAGACUGUCUAUUCUCAAGGGUGCCAGGCCCAGUGAAUCCAAUGGACAACCAGAGGGCACAGGGGAACCUGUUGAACUGAAGACCCAGGCCCUGUAA